AUGGACACGGACAGCGCCGGCCCAAGCGCAGCCUGGGAGAAAAUGCGGGAGCAGCUCGUCUGUUCGAUAUGCCUCGAGGUGUUCGAUGGCGAGGUGGCUCGGGUCAAGUGCUGCCACUACUUCUGCAGAGAAUGCAUUUCGUCGUACAUGAGCACCGUCGACGAGGAGAGCAAGGAGCGACGGAAGCGAGGCAAGGAAGGCAGGUCCAAGGCCUGCCCGUGCUGCAAGCACCCCAUCCGGCCGCGGGACCUCGAGCGCGACCCCAAGAUGGAGAGCAUCGCGGCCAACUUCCGUCGCAUCCAGAACCAGAUCUCGGAGUCCCCCAGAACCACCCUGCGCGCCCUCAUGCCCGCGAAGCAGCCCACCGGAGCCGCCGCCGCGAGCCCCAGCAAAGCGGGCGCAAUGCCGGCCAAGGACAGGCCGCGCGCCUCCCCGCGAGAGCCCCAGCCCGGGGGCGACGCCCGCCCGACACUGUGCGAAAACGUGGACCCCGAGUCGACUCCCCCCCCGCCCCCGCAUGCGGCAGCUACGCCCGCCGCUUGCGACGACGCGCCGUCUGCGCCGAGCAGCGAGCAGCGCGCUGCCCCGGCGAAGCGCGCGAGCAAGGCGGCGUCGCAGGCGUCGCAGCGGCGCAACAAGGCGGCGAAGAGCACGCCGGCGGCGAAAGGGAAGCCCGCGUCGCAGCGUGCGGCCGCGACGCCCUCGCGCGCUGCCGGACGCGCGAGCAGGGCCGCCGCGGACACCCCUGUCCGCUCCCAGGCGGGGAGCAGGUCGCAUCGGCGCCGGGCUUGGACGUGCAGCACGUGCACGUUCGCGGACAACGCGACCGACCGCGGCACAUGCAAGGUGUGCGGCGCGCCGCGCGGCGUCGCGCCCGACGCAAAGGCGUUGAAGGCGCAGGAGGCUGCCAUGCGCAACGCCGGGGCGAGCCCCGCGCCCGCCGCGCCGUCAGGGGGGACGCGCGGCAACUCCGCGAAGAAGUCGCAGCGCUCGAGCAGCAGGGACGCGUCCGGCUCGCAGCCGCCGGCGAAGAAGCAGAGGGCGCAGGCUGGCAGCAAGCCAACGAAGGCUGCCCGGGAGCGCGCGGAGGCGCAGGUGGCGCCUAGCGCGGAGGAGAUGUCCCAGCCGCAGAGCAUCGCGCUGAUCCCCGCGACUCCGUGCCCGUCCGCACAGGUGGACGGCGCGGGCAGCGAGGGACUGGCGCAGCGGGGCUGGGUGAUCGUGCCGUCGUCGCUCAGCAGCGCGGAGGCCGCCGAGGUGGAGCAGCUGGCGAGCCUGUGCGGGGGGCGCGUCGUGGAUCGAUGGGACAGCGACACGCGUCCGACGCACGUGGUGUGUGGGGCGGGGCCUGCGGGGCGCCCCAAGCGCACGGUCAAGGUGGUGCUCGGCGUCCUGAGCGGGUGCUGGAUCGUCACGAAUCAGUGGGUGUCGGAGUGCCUGAAGAAUGGGGCGUACGUGCCGGAGGAGGCCUUCCUGUGUCCCGGCGCUCCCGUCCCUGACCCCGCCAGUGAUGGGCCGCCGGGAGCGUCGCUGCUGGCGGGCUGGCACCUGCACGUGGCCGGCACGUUCAAAGGCAGGCUGAAGGAGGACCUCGUUCGCAUCGCCGAGGCAGCCGGUGCCACGGUGCACGCGCGCGCGCCGCUGGUGGACGGCGGCGAGCACGGCGACGAGCAGGCCGUGCUGUACGACCCUGACGCGGUGGACGACAGGGACAGGCGCAUGAUCGAGAAACACGCGCAGUGCGGGCUGCGCACUCUGGGGUACAAGUGGAUGAUGGACUCGUGCAUGCAGCUCGAGGUGCAGGACGUCGCGCAGUACCUCGGCGAGGUGUGA